CAAAUACUGCUCUCUUGCAAACUUCCAGCAACUACCACAACGGUACCAGGUACCAUUCUCUUCUCCCCAUUUAAAUAUAUGUUUUUUCUGAUCUUAAUCACUAGAAUUUUCUAUGCGGCUUAGACUGUUUGACUGCAUGAAAUCAGUGCUUUAAUUUGGAAUGGUACGUUCUUGUUUCUUGUUCGCAAGGCAUCUGAAAGUGACGUCUAGUUUUAGCUGAUCAUCCUCCUAGUGCUACAUGAUUGUUUUAGCUUUGAUUAAAGGGUGGUUUGGAUUUUGUUUGUUAAUUUUCAGUACCCGCAAUUGCAUAUUUGGUAAAAUAAAUAUGUUUCAGAAGGAUAUUUGGGUUAAAUUUUGUUUUUGACUUUGGAGGAGCUUACCUCAAUGGGAAAUUGUUGUGCUCUCCUAAAAUCUAUUGUGGGUUUUGCCAACGAGGUAGACAUAUACUGCUUUUUGUUUGCCCAUGAUUUUGAAGUGAGCAAGCCUAGGGCCUGGUGAUUUAAAAAGUUGCGUAUGAUAUCUCUGGGAGCCUAGUUCUCUAUCACAGUUUUUAAGUAUUGAUCUGUUCUAGACAUGAUUUUCGAGGUUAAAUUUAUAGGCAGUUUAAGGAGCCAGCUAAAGAAUUAUGUUCUUAAUUCUGGGCAAUUACAUGUUUGAUUUGCUCCAUCUGAAUACUAUCUCCACACAACAUCUAGGUAAUGGGUGAUUGGAUUGAAAGGUAAGCACUACUGGACUUGUGCAGAGCUUUAACUUGAUGAAUUGCCUCAGUAGAUAUGUUUUUGCUUGCUAAUGUUUAGUUUAUAUAGCUAGAAUCAGCAGGGAUCAUAUUCAGUCUGAUCAAUGAAAGGAUUUCAUAAUAGAGGAGGAGCAUGAUGGAAGGUUGCCAAAACAGAAGAAGGUCAAAGUUGUUUUUGUCUUGGGUGAGCAUUUGGGGUUGAUUCUCUGCUCCUGUUCCUAACCUCUAUGAGCCUUUAAACGGUCAUAUUCCACUUAGUUAUAUUUAAAUCCACAGGAAGUGUCUUCUGAUCCAAUUCUUCAGUCAAAAUAGACUACUUCUGUUCUGAUUAAUUAAACUCAUGAAUUGUACACAGCUUUUUCAACAAAUCUUGAAGGUGGAUCUCUACUUAUUAUCUUUCCUCCAGAUAACAGAGGACACAAGUCCAAGAAACUCGAGAAAGUUGAGCAAAAGACAUGUUGACACAGAUUUCAAUCAAACAGAUAAACUGCCAAAUAAUUUCAAAAUCAUCUUGGAAAAUUGUCUCAUCAAGUCUGCCUUUCUAGUUGUGUGGACCAUAUGGAACCAAAUUUGCUGCUUGUGACUGGAAGGAACACCUGCAAGGCUUUUAUAUCUUAUAUUAGCAAGAGAAGUGAAUAAUAAAAGGAGCUAGUAAUCUGCGCUGCACCAAUUUCAUUUAUUUCAGAGAAUGGCUUCAUAGUGCUUUUAGUUCCUUUGGCUUAGUUGAGUGAACGAGUUUUAGUUGCUCCGUCCUUUUCUGAAUCCUCUAUUUGGCAGAAAAGAAAGUAUUUUUUUUCAUUCCUUGAUUGGCUGUGUUUCAUUGUCAUGGCACCUGAAGUUGUUAAUUAAAGACCUGUUUUUGUUUUUAGAUAUUUGGUUGCCAAAUUCAGUAACCAUACACAGCCACCUAUGUGUCAGCAUCCGAGUUUCUUUUGCCUUUUCUCUUCAAUUUUCCUUUGCAAUAACCCUGACAAACUCACAUGAAUAUGGUUUUCCUCUUGAUCAAUAAUUUUAGUGUUUCUGACCUUGUAAUUGUCAAUCUGUGACCUUUCUCAGUAUACUUGUAUCACAUCUUUUAUUCUUUCUUACGGUGGGAUGGCUUUGGAUUAUGCAUCUAACAAGUGGUCCAGGAAGUGGAAAAGGGACUCAGUGUGCCAAAAUUGUUGAACAAUUUGGUUAUAGCCACCUUAGUUCCGGUGAUCUUCUCAGGAAAGAAAUCAAAGCUGGCUCAGAGCAUGGCACCAUGAUCCAGAACAUGAUGAAUGAGGGAAAACUCAUUCCAUCUGAUAUAACGAUUAGGCUUAUUCAAAAAGCUAUGCAAGAAACUGACAAUGACAAAUUUCUUCUUGAUGGCUUCCCCAGAGAUGAAGAGAAUGUUAGAACGUUUGAGAAACUUACAAAGAUUGAACCAGAUUUCAUACUGUUUCUUGAUUGUCCAGAAGAGGAGAUGACAAAGCGUCUUCUAUCCAGAAACCAGGUUAAGUUUGUGUAAGCCAAGUUGACAUGCUCAUGGUUUCUGUUUAGUGCUUUUACAAAUGUAGGUUUCUUCCUUAUUGUGGACAAAGAAAGGAUCUUAUUUGACUUGCACCCAAAAUCCUGGGGAAGAGAAGAUGAUAACAUUGAAACAAUAAAGAAACGCUUUCGAGUUUUUCAAGAGUCCACUCUGCCUCUGGUUAAUUAUUAUGCUUCAAAGGGGAAGGUACGGAAGGUGGAUGCUGCAAGGCCUGUUGAAGAUGUUUUUGGAUCAGUCAAAACCAUUUUCUCCUCAGCAAAUGAACAGGGUGCCUGAAGCUCAGGGAAUAAAUAGCUUUUACUGGUUUGAUACUACAUGCAUUUGGGUAGUAGUCUCUGAUUUACGUAGGCAUUCUCUCAGAUGGAACAUUCAUCCCUUCUUCUCCCAAAAUAAGUACAAAAACAAGAUGCUGUUUCUUAUUUUUGCGAAAAGAGAAUGUUAGCAUUGGUUAAUUUUGCUUAAUUACAUGUUUCAUGUAUUGUCACUCUUGGAUGGCUACUUAAAAGUGGAAUGGGAGUAAAGGACUGAAAAUGUACAAAACUUGCUGAAAUUUUCACAA